UCAAGAUUCCUGAUCAACAAAAUGGAAAAAUAAUCUCAAAUUCAGAGUUUGACGGCACCUCAUCUCUCAAAAACAAUGGUGUUGAACACAAUGCUUCCAAUGGUUCAAUGAGGAAUGGAAUCCCUCCACCUCCACCACCACUACCUUCCAUGACUGUGAUAGAUUUUGGUGCAACGAGGAGUGUGACACUGCCACCACCACCACCUCCUCCGCCUCCACCACCACUUUCUUUUGUGGCAGCUGGUCCACCUCCUCCUCCACCUCUUCCA